CGGCGGCGGCGGCGGCGGGCGCGGCAACGUCCCCCGGAAGUGGAGCCUGGGACUUCCACUCGUGCGUGAGGAGAGCGGAGCCGGAGACGAGACCAGAGGCCGAACUCGGGAUCUGACAAGAUGGCCGGGCUGCCCCGCAGGAUUAUCAAGGAAACCCAGCGUUUGCUGGCAGAACCAGUUCCUGGCAUUAAAGCAGAACCAGAUGAGAGCAACGCCCGUUAUUUUCAUGUGGUCAUUGCCGGCCCUCAGGAUUCCCCCUUUGAGGGAGGGACUUUUAAACUUGAACUAUUCCUUCCAGAAGAAUACCCAAUGGCAGCCCCUAAAGUACGUUUCAUGACCAAAAUUUAUCAUCCUAAUGUAGACAAGUUGGGAAGAAUAUGUUUAGAUAUUUUGAAAGAUAAGUGGUCCCCAGCACUGCAGAUCCGCACAGUUCUGCUAUCGAUCCAGGCUUUGUUAAGUGCUCCCAAUCCAGAUGAUCCAUUAGCAAAUGAUGUAGCGGAGCAAUGGAAGACCAACGAAGCCCAAGCCAUAGAAACAGCUAGAGCAUGGACUAGGCUAUAUGCCAUGAAUAAUAUUUAAAUCGCUUCGAUCCUCAAGUGUGCAUCACUUCUCCUGUUCUGCCAAGACUUCUUCCUUUUUUGUUUGCAUUUAAUGGACACAGUCUUAGAAACAUUACAGAAUAAAAACCCAGACAUCUUCAACCCUUUGGUGAUUAAAUGCACAUUAGCAAAUCUAUGUCUUGUCCUGAUUCACUGUUGUAAAGCAUGAGCAGAGGCUAGAAGUACCAUCUGGAUUGUUGCGAAACGUUUAAAAGCAGUGGUGCCUCUCUGCUUUUAUUCAUUUCCCCCAUCAUGGUUUAAGUAUAAAGCACUGUGAAUGAAGGUAGUUGUCAGGGUUAGCUGCAGGGGUGUGGGUGUUUUUCUUUAUUUUAUUAUUAUUAUUUUUUUUUUGGUGGGGGGGAAGGUAGUUUUAUUUUAAUUUUAUGGGCUCCUUUCCCCCUUUUUAUGGUGAUCUAAUUGCAUUGGUUAAAAGCAGCUAACCAGUUCUUUAGAAUAUGCUCUCUAGCCAAGUCUAACUUUAUUUAGACGCUGUAGAUGGACAAGCUUGAUUGUUUGAGCCAAAAUGGGAACAUUAAACAGACAUCACAGCCCUCACUAAUAACAUUGUGACCUUGCUGUCAAGUGUAGAAUCCUCCCUUCAAGAAAAAGCUUGUGACCAUUUUGUAUGGCUUGUCUGGAAACUUCUGUAAAUCUUAUGUUUUAGUAAAAUAUUUUUUGUUAUUCUA